AUAAGGAAAUAUCCUACUUAUAUCGUCUCCAUUCCUAAAAAAAAACACAUGCAGUACCAACUUCUUUGCGUCGUUCCCGCCCAAAUUUUUGAUACUGUCCACUCAAUUAGAAUUUAUGUAAUUAUUUUGAGUAUAGCUUUAAAAUACAAAUUAUCCUUUGGAUUUUAAUUUUAGUUUUUUUUAAACACAUAAACGACAAAGAAGAAGUAGGGUUGAUUGAUUAAAUUUGUUGUCGAUAGGAGUGAGACGAGCCAUUUCGUUUUCCAGUGGUUUUGUUCGUUGCGUGGUUACAUUUACAGGGGCUACUCAAUUAAUUUGUUCAUGUAGUUCUCGCCUUGGCCACUAAGUGUUCGAGGAAAUGCCUGAACCAUGCUCUCCUCCUCGACCGCCUCACCUCAUUCAAUGCUCUCCCCCUGUCCCGUACCUGCUCUGACCAUUCAAGCUUUUCUCUCCGAGCCUAGAUUCAGGCGAACGCAACGCCGUUUCGUGCCUCUCAGUGUCGUCGGAGCCAAGGACCAUCACCGGUUCGGGUUAUACCGUUCGCCGGACUAUUGUAGGGUUUUACAUUGUGGUUGGUCUGGAUUCGUCAGACGGUGCGGCGUUUGGGAUAGCGAAGGGGAUUUUGAAUUGGAGGCUGAGAUUUUGGAGUUCAUGAAUAAUUCUAAUAAGCCUGGGGCGUUUCCUAGCAAGAAGGAGUUGGUUGAUGCUGGAAGGAAUGAUUUGGUGAAGGCUAUUGUCAAGCAAGGUGGUUGGUUGUCUUCCGGUUGGGAUUUGGACGAGGAAGAAGGAGCUCAAGAAAGUGCAGUAACUAGUCUAGCAUCAACGGCGGCCAUGGAAAGUGAUCAUUUUCAGGAAAACAAUGUUCGUACUGGUGAAGAAAUACAGGGCCCAGAUGUUUCUUAUUGUCCGUACGAUGAUUUUCAGUCAACCUUAUCGUCGGGUAGAUCAUUAGAAAUGGAAACCACACAGCAUGAAACUGGGAUUGAAGGCAUAUUGAAUCGAUUGGAGAAAGAAAGAAAUUUGACUUUUGGAUUAGGCCAGGCAGAAAAUGAAGCCGGUAGAGGAACAAACAAUGACAAUGAGGACUGGCAUUCUAAAUUCUCAACAGAUAUGACAGUUGCUGGCCUUUCUAGAAGCAGCAGGUCUUCAUCAUUGAUCCCCAAGAAAGCUAUAUUUGUUGAUCCGCAGGCUAGGCUUAAUCAAGGCAUAUCUUUUUCUAAGAUUGAUGAAUUAAGAAGCUCAAAUGAGACAUUAACUUGGAGAACAUGGAGCACUCAGCGGGCAGGGUUUUCAGAUAUGUGUUUUGAAGACAUUGAAACUGCAUCUAGUGAAUCUAGUAUUGGAGGGUCAUUGGAUAUGUCAGAAGAAGAAAUACUAAGAAGAGAAAGUAUAAGUAAACUUAAUGAAGGGAAUGAAUUGGAUUCAUGUCUUGAAGUGAUUAGUCAUAAUCAACUGCGAAGUCGCCUAAAGCACCUGGAGUCAGAGCUGUCAUCCGUACUUCACUCGGUGCGAUACAAUGCUGACGGAACUGCCUCACAAAAGGAUCAUGAAGGCUCCUCUGAUGACUUGCAGAAGCUUUCUGAUGCUUGGGAGUUUCAGGAAAACGAGAUUAUGAAUACCCAGAAUUUAUUACGUUCAACUCGGGCAAAGUUAGCUGUUUUAGAAGGAAAGAUGGCACUAGCAAUAAUUAAUGCCAAAAAGAUCGCGGAGGAGAAACAAAAGAGGAUAGAUGAUGCUCGAAGAGCCGUGCGACUUCUUCGUUCUAGUUGCAUAGUUUGGCCUAAUUCAGCCUCUGAAGUGCUUUUGGCAGGAUCAUUUGAUGGUUGGGCAUCACAGAGAAAGAUGAUCAAGUCAAGUACAGGAAUCUUCUCUUUGUGGCUUCAAUUAUAUCCAGGCAAAUAUGAGAUCAAAUUUAUUGUUGAUGGUGAGUGGAGGAUUGAUCCUCUGCGUCCCAUUGUUCUUAACAAUGGUUACAAUAACAAUUUACUCAUUAUCACCUAAGGACAGGCGAGGCUAACAAAUACAACUAGAUCCUUAUUCACCCAAAUCCCCGGUAGUUGGAGUAUGCGCGGGCCAAUUUUAUUCUAUCUUUUUGGUUCUUUUUGUAAAGAGUUGGAGUAGAAUGCAGAUUAUGAUUCUAAUGAUUCUUUCAUGUCUAAAGAUCAACACAAAGGCGUGUUUUUUUUAAUUUUUUAUUUCUAUUAGGUGGAUUUCUAUAAACCUGUAUUGAUUGCUCAGACACAAUGUUUGCCUCUUUUUAAUCAAAUAUAAUAUGACGAUUGAUGGCCUGUAA